AUGAAUUUUCUAAUAAUUAUUCUCUUUACACUUUCAACAACAAUUGUGGUUAGUUUUGCACAAUUCGGUCCUCCAGGCAUGGGUAGUCCGGAUAUGGGUGGUCCAGGAUUUGGAGGUGGUGGAAAUCCGAAAGGUGGUAAUCAAGGCUUUGAUCCAUCAGGUCUCUUGGGAGGAAAUCCAAAAGGUGGUAACCAAGGAUUUGAUCCAUCAAGUGGUUCAGAUCCGAAAUCUGGUAAUUCUGUACCAGGUCAGAAUAAACAACCAAAAUCCAGUUCUCCAAAUGGUAAUGCGUCAAAAAGUCCUUCAGGAAAUGCUGCUCCAGGAAAUGCUGUUCCAGGAAACGCAAAUCCAACAUCAAAUCAAGGCAAAACCCCUACUUCUAGUUCUUCUCCGGCAGGAAGUGGAAAAGGUGCACCAUCAUCUGGAAGUUCAAAUGCCCCACCAUCAAAAGGAUCAAAAAGCAAAGCUGCUGCACCGGACAUUCGCAAAAUACCUUGGCAAGAAAAAGAAAAAGCAUGUAUUUUGGUCAGCGGGCCCCCUAACAACACUAUCAUAGAACCAGGGACUAAACAUCGUAUAUCAUGGAAUCAGUCACCUUGUCAAAUGAGCUCAAGAGUUGUUGGUAUGUUUCAUGUUUUCUUGUAUAACAACUUACAAGCAGUACCGGAUGAAAAGGCAAAAAAAAGGGAUUAUUCUCCUAAUGGCAAGAUCAUAUACGACUGGGGACCAUAUCCUAUUGCCACUAAUAUAACAAAUACCACCAAUAAUUAUGACUGGACUGUGCCAUAUCUAAACGAUGAACCGCGAAUUACAAAUGCAUCAAACUUUUAUAUUCGUGUAGAAACAAUUUCAAGAUCUGGAAUUUUUGGUGCCACACCACCGUUAGGAGGUACAUAUGGACCAAUUUCUAUAUCUUUGGAAGAACCACCACCAGGUUGGAAUGAAACCCAUGUUGAUUCAGUUUCCGGAGGUCAAAAAGUUCAUAUAUCAUCUUCAACUUGUUCUAUCAAGUUCUGUAAUUGGUUGGGAUGGGCUGUUUUGAUUUUUGGAAUUAUCUUAGAGACCAUAUAUUUAUAA